AUGGCGCUCUCAUCGCAUGUUGAUCCUGAUGCGAUCAUCAAGCAAUUCCGUGAAGAUUCCGAAACAGAUCAGGACCAGGAGUCCAUCUUCACUUCGAACGCAGUGUCAUCCGUAGCACCAUACUCGACUAGAUAUUCAAGCAGGGAGGAGAUUCCCAAGUUCAAAAUCCCAAAAUUCGGAGCUCGUGCGGAUGCAGUGCACCACAUGUUGAGCAAUGAACUCGAUCUGGACGGCAUCCCAAAUUUGAACAUGGCAAGUUUUGUCGGUACUUAUAUGGACCGAGAAGCAAACAAACUUCUGGUAGAGAAUAUCAGCAAGAACCUUGCUGAUGCUGACGAGUAUCCUGCAUUGAUGGCUAUACAUGCGAGAUGCAUAUCCAUAAUAUCCCAUCUCUGGAACCCAAAGCCGGGAGAAGAAGCAAUUGGAUCCGCUACAACCGGGUCAUCUGAAGCUAUUCUGCUUGGAGGCCUGGCCAUGAAAAAGAGAUGGCAGCAGAUGCGCAAGGAUGCAGGGAAAGACAUUUCUAAUCCGAAUAUCAUCAUGGGUUCGAAUGCCCAAGUAGCACUUCUUAAAUUUGCCAGGUAUUUUGACGUCGAACCCCGAGUGCUGGAUGUCUCUGAGACGAGCCAGUUUCGUCUAGAUCCAGAAUUGGUAAAGAAAAGCGUGGAUGAGAAUACCAUCGGAAUAUUUGUCAUCAUGGGAAGCACCUACACGGGGCACUAUGAGCCUGUUGAGGAGAUUUCAAAUAUCCUAGAUGACAUACAAUCCGAAACCGGAUUCGACAUCCCUAUCCAUGUUGAUGCUGCCAGUGGUGGGUUUGUCGCUCCAUUUACCGAUGCAGGGGCUGGAGGACCAAAAUGGAAUUUCGAGCUGCCCCGAGUCAAGUCAAUCAAUGCAUCCGGACAUAAGUAUGGCCUCGUGUAUGCUGGAUUGGGGUGGAUUAUCUGGCGAGAUCGCUCCUAUUUGCCAAAAGAACUCAUCUUUGAGCUUGACUAUCUCGGCAGCAGAGAGGAGACUUAUACAUUGAACUUCUCCCGGCCAGGGGCACAAGUUAUUGGCCAGUAUUAUAAUUUUAUCCGCCUUGGAUUCAAUGGAUAUCGAGAGAUCAUGGAAAACUGCUUAUCGAAUGCUAGGUUGCUUAGCAAAACUUUGGAGCGAACGGGGUGGUUUGUAUGCUUGAGCGAUAUCCACCGCAAAAAGGGAGAAUUCUACCACCAGCAUCUGAACAAAAUCACGCCUUUCAAAGAAGGUGAAACGUCAGCCGAUUAUAACGCAGGCUUGCCAGUGGUAACAUUCCGAUUCUCUGACGCAUUCAAGAAGAACUACCCACAUGUGAAGCAAGAGAGUAUAAGCCUCUUGUUAAGGUCAAAACAGUAUAUUGUUCCUAACUAUCCGCUCCCUCCUAAGGAACAGGAGACGGAAAUCAUGAGGGUUGUUGUUCGGGAGAGUAUGGCCGCAGACCUGAUCGACAAGCUCGUGGCGGAUAUUAUAGCAAUCACCGAGAGGCUUAUGAAGUCCGACCCAGUAGACCUAUCUGCACUCCAGACAGGCCCGACUAGCCUCGAACGCCGUCGUGUAAAGAAAAAAAAUCACCCUCACAAGGUCUCGAAACGAUCGAAUGGGAAGAAUGGGAAAUCCGCCGGCCACCCGAUGAAAAGUGGAAUCCACCGUUCGGUUUGCUAG